AUGGCGCUCUCCUCAUUCGAAGAACCGGAGGAGGCACCUCUGCCGACGAAAAGGUUAAGAUGGGCAACGCAGAGGGUGAAAGGAAAGUCGGGCACCAAGAAGCGUGGGUCCAUAAUCGACCGACUCCAUCAUAGGGGGUCACAGAGCGAGAAGAAGAGAGAUUCCGGUGGAGGAGAGUCAAUGGGUACAGAUCUCGGUGGGAUAAGAGAGGAGCCAGAAGACGACGGGAAAGUAGUGGAAGACCCAGAUCACGACCGCGAUAAGCAAGGCCCGCGGAAUAUUCUGUUCAAUAUUCCUCUGCCACCCGAAGCGAUCGAUGAGGACGGGAACCCGGUCAAGCACUAUCGAAGAAAUAAGAUUCGGACGGCCAAGUAUACACCAAUCAGUUUCGUACCGAAGAAUCUUUGGUAUCAAUUCCACAAUAUUGCUAAUGUUUAUUUCUUGUUUCUGAUUAUUUUAACGUUCUUCAGCAUAUUUGGCGCAUCCAAUCCCGGUCUGAACGCUGUACCUUUAAUUGUCAUUGUCGUCGUUACAGCUGUCAAGGAUGCGAUUGAAGAUUAUCGGCGGACAGUACUGGACAACGAGUUGAACAACUCUUCGAUUCACCGACUUGUCGAUUGGAAUAAUGUGAACGUGAGCGCCGAUGAUGUUUCAUUAUGGAGAAGGAUUAAGAAAGCUACCAGUCGGUUCAUCGCCACCACAUGGCGGUCAAUGAGCAAGAAACAGAAACCUGGGGAAGAGUACGCGAAGGGAGCCAUGGACCAACCUCGACCAUCGUUCGGAUCGGCGGCCACUAGACGGGCAUCUGCUUUUUCUACACAUACCCAACGCACAUCUUUCGUCUCUGCUCGCGAAGAUAUUCAGAUGACACCAGUACCCUCCCCACUUCCUCGCGCAGACGGACUAGAAGUGCCUUCAGCAGAUCAUGAACGUCCUAAAACCGCGUUUUCCUUCAAUGGGGAUGGUGCACCGGCUGCUCGCCACUUUGGAUCUCUCAUUAAUCCCGAAAAGCCGGCUGGCAAAGCCCGAUUCCAUAAAGAUUUUUGGAAGAAUGUGCAAGUGGGCGACUUUGUCCGAAUUUACAACGACGACCAGAUACCGGCAGACGUAGUCAUCCUUUCUACAUCCGACCCCGAUGGUGCCUGCUAUGUCGAAACCAAGAACUUGGACGGCGAAACUAAUUUGAAAGUUCGCCAUGCUCUUCGAAGUGGUAGAAAAAUCAAGCACGCUCGCGACUGCGAGAAGACCGAAUUCUCAAUUGAGAGUGAGCCCCCACAGGCGAAUCUCUAUCAGUAUAGUGCUGCGGCUCGAUGGAGGCAACAUGAAACCAAAGAGGAGAUGGUUGAACCUAUCUCAAUCAACAACCUAUUACUUCGAGGCUGUAAUCUGAGAAACACUGAGUGGAUUUUGGGUGUGGUUGUCUUUACUGGGUUUGACACCAAAAUCAUGAUGAACGCUGGUAUCACGCCCACCAAACGUUCUCGGAUUUCCCGGGAGUUGAACUGGAACGUCAUCUACAAUUUCAUUGUCUUGGUUCUUAUCUGUCUCGUGUCCGCCAUUAUUGAGGGUAUUGCAUUUGGGGAUGGCAACAAUUCAAUCGCCUGGUUCGAAUUCGGUUCAAUUGGCGAACGUCCUGCAAUGGAUGGCUUCAUUACAUUCUGGGCCGCACUCAUCUUAUUCCAGAACAUGGUGCCAAUUUCCUUGUUUAUUUCCCUCGAGAUUAUCAAAACUUGCCAGGCGUUUUUCAUAUAUUCCGAUGUGGAUAUGUAUUACGAGCCCCUGGACUACCCUUGCACACCAAAGUCAUGGAACAUCUCCGACGAUCUGGGGCAAAUUGAGUACAUCUUCUCUGACAAAACCGGAACUUUGACGCAAAACGUGAUGGAAUUCAAGAAGGCCAGUAUUAACGGUGUGCCUUACGGCGAAGCUUACACAGAGGCACAAGCUGGUAUGCAGAAGCGAAUGGGAAUCGACGUGGAAAAGGAAGCAGCAAGAUGUCGUGAGGAAAUUGCACAAGGUCGAAUUAGAAUGCUGGAAGAUUUGCGAAAGCUUCACGAUAAUCCAUAUCUUCACGACGAAGACUUGACGUUCGUAGCUCCCGAUUUUGUCACUGAUCUCGCUGGCGAAUCUGGAAUAGAGCAGCAACAAGCUAAUGACCAAUUCAUGCUGGCCCUGGCGUUGUGCCAUACUGUCAUUUCUGAAACUGUGCCUGGGGACCCCCCCAAAAUCGAAUUCAAGGCCCAGUCACCGGACGAGGCUGCGUUGGUCUCGACUGCAAGAGAUGUUGGCUAUACAGUCUUGGGAAACUCGGAAGAUGGUAUAAGAUUGAAUGUUCAAGGUCAAGAAAGGUCAUACAAGGUUCUCAAUACGCUGGAAUUUAAUUCCACUAGAAAGCGGAUGAGCGCGAUAAUCAGGAUGCCAGAUAACAAGAUCAUUCUGUUCUGUAAAGGUGCCGACAGCAUGAUCUAUUCCCGCUUAAAACCAAAUGAGCAAGGCCCUCUACGAAAGGCUACCGCUGAACAUCUUGAAAUGUUCGCUAGGGAAGGCUUGCGUACACUAUGCAUUGCCCAGAAGGAGUUGAAUGAGCAGGAGUACCAGGAAUGGAAUGCGGAACACGAGAUCGCUGCGGGAUCUAUUCAAGACCGAGAGGAUAAGCUCGAAGCCGUUGCGGACACUAUUGAACGCGAUCUCAUUCUUCUUGGUGGUACAGCGAUCGAAGAUCGUUUACAAGAAGGCGUCCCAGACACAAUUGCCCUCCUUGCCGAAGCUGGCAUAAAGCUUUGGGUGCUUACUGGUGACAAGGUCGAAACAGCGAUCAACAUUGGCUUCUCAUGCAACUUGCUCAAUAACGACAUGGAGUUAAUCGUUUUCAAGAUCGAGGAUGAACAGGUUGCUACCGCUGAAGCGGAGCUAGAUAAACAUCUCAAAACAUUCAACAUUACAGGCUCCGACGAGGAACUAAAGCUGGCCAGGAAAAGUCAUCACCCUCCUGCGCCUACGCACGCCAUCGUCAUUGACGGUGACUCUCUCAAGCUUGUUCUCGAUCCUCAACUACGGCAACGAUUUUUACUCCUCUGCAAGCAAUGCAAAUCAGUUCUUUGCUGCCGUGUUUCUCCCGCUCAAAAAGCCGCCGUUGUGCAAUUGGUGAAGAAUGGAUUGGAUGUUAUGACUUUGUCUAUCGGUGAUGGUGCCAACGAUGUCGCCAUGAUCCAAGAGGCUGAUAUUGGUGUUGGUAUUGCUGGAGAGGAGGGUCGUCAAGCUGUCAUGUCUUCUGAUUAUGCAAUCGGCCAAUUCCGAUUUCUGCAGAGGUUGGUUCUGGUACACGGACGUUGGUCUUAUCGAAGAGUCGCUGAAACCAUCGCCAAUUUCUUCUACAAAAACGUCAUCUGGACCUUUACCAUUUUCUGGUACCAGAUUUUCUGCGACUUUGACAUGACCUACCUAUACGAUUACACUUACAUCCUUCUCUUCAACUUGGCUUUUACGUCGUUGCCUAUAGUCUUUAUGGGUAUAUUAGAUCAGGAUGUCAGCGAUAAGGUGUCUCUGGCCGUUCCCCAACUUUACAGAAGGGGCAUUGAGCGUAAGGAAUGGACGCAAUGGAAGUUUUGGUUGUAUAUGAUUGAUGGUCUUUACCAAUCCGUCGUCUGUUUCUUUGUUGCCUGGCUCCUUUUCCGAGCCGCCAACUUUGCCAGCACUAAUGGCUUGGGUAUCGAUAGCCGGGAAAGAUUUGGUGUCUACAUUGGCCCAGCCGCUGUAGCCGUGAUCAAUAUUUACCUCUUGCUCAACACCUAUCGCUGGGAUUGGCUUAUGGUAUUACUGGUGGCUGUGAGUGUACUACUCAUUUGGUUCUGGACUGGUGUUUAUUCCGCUUUCGAAUCAUCCGCAUACUUUUAUAAAGCAGCUGCCGAGAUAUUCGCCCAGCCAACUUUCUGGGCUGUCACUUCACUUUCGAUUAUCCUCUGCCUCCUGCCCCGAUUCUGCGUUAAAGUUAUCCAAAAAGCUUACUUCCCUUACGACGUCGACAUUGUCCGUGAGCAAGUUAGGCAAGGAAAAUUCGAUUAUCUCGACAGAGCCAUCAUAUCUGAUGACGGGGUAUCGAAGGAGUCAUCCUCAUCUUCAUCUGAUGCUCCAAAGCCGAGUAAGCACACCUACUAUCCAAGCAUUGAUGAAGACCAACGGCCCAUUUACCCCCCUUCAGUCGCUCCAACCGCCGCUACUACCUACAACGGACGAAGCCAAAACGGCAGUGAUGGGACCGAAUUUACACGACAUCGCCAGUCGCUCGAAGCACCUCUGCCUAUGCGGCCGUCAAUGGACCGCCCUAGACCAUCUUUUGACCGGAUACGCGCUUCUAUGGACCGCGUUCGUCCAUCGUUCGAAGCGAGUAACGAUUUCACAUCAGCUGCGCUGCUGACUCGUCUCGAGUCGAGUCAAUCCAUCGGUCCCGUAAGAAGUAGGAGGCAGGACAUUUCAUCAGAGCUCCGGUGA